AUGGAGACGGCACCGAAGAAGAUGAGACCAGCGGCACUCGAGGCGCCGGGGGGCACGGAAGCGGGGGUCCAAGCGCCGCCGCCCGAAGACGAAGACCGCAUCAGCCAACUCCCCGACGCCGUCCUCGGCGACAUCAUCUCGCUGCUCCCCACCAAGGAAGGCGCCCGCUCCCAGAUCCUCGCCACCCGGUGGCGCCGCCUCUGGGGAAGCUCAUCCGCGCCGCUCAAUCUCGACUGCAACGCCCUCAGGAGGCCGGCUGGGAGCUCCGAUAUUUUCGAGAGCGCCGUGUCGAGCAUCCUAUCCGCCCACCCGGGCCCUGGCCGCCGCUUCUGCCUCGACGAGACCCGCCGGCCCUAUCCCCGCUCAGACGAGGCCCUGGUGGACUCCUGGCUCUCGUCCCCCGCCCUCCACAAUCUGCAGCACCUUGAGCUACGCCAUGAUUACACAUCGUCUUACCCCUCCUACAACCAGCCGCCGCCCCCGCCGCUGCGCGCCGCUGCCUUCCGCUUCGCGCGCACCCUCCGAGUCGCCACCUUCGGAAGCUGCGCCCUCCCCUCCCAACCACCUCACUUCCCAAAUCUUAAGCUGCUCACGCUUGAAAAGGCCAGCAUCUCCUCCGAUUGCUCCCUGCACAACAUGAUCUCCCAGUGCCCCACUCUCGAGUGCCUGCUGCUUCACGACGUCUAUGGCAUCCCCUGUGCCCGGAUCAGCUCCCAAAGCCUCAAAAGCAUCGGCGUGCGUUUUGGAUGGUUCAGGGUAAGUGAGGAUCAGGAGCUCGAGGAACUCCUAAUCGAGAACGCCCCUUCUCUGGAAAAGCUGCUCAACCUCAACUGCAUACAUGUAACCGUGGUCUCCGCGCCUAAACUAGAGAUCCUGGGUCGUGUUUCGGAUUCUAACAAAAACAAAACCAGAUUGGUGUUUGGCUCCACCGUUAUUCAGGGAUUCCGUGUUGAUAGCAUGGCUGCCAGGAUUUGCACUGUCAAGACUUUAGCUGUCAAUAUGGGGAAUCAACUUAGUGUCAAGAAGGCUAUUGCGAUGCUUAGAUGCUUUCCAUGUUUGGAGAAACUGUACAUUAAGUUUUGCUGGGAGAAGGAAAUUAUGUACAGAUGUACUACUAUGAGCAUCUGGCGAGAUAUGAUGGAACCAAGACUUGACAUCCCUUUAAAGCUCAAGAAAAUAGUGUGUGACCUUUAUCAAGGCUUUUCCUCACAAAUUGAGUUUGCCAGAUUCUUUGUACUGAAUGCUACGGAGCUAGAAUCAAUUAUAUUUGAAGUUGAAGACAAAUAUUACAAUAAGGAGUUCUUUGCAUACCAACGUGCGGCGCUUCAGUGUGAGAAGAGGGUUUCAAGAGGAGCUUGUUAUCAAUUUACAACUAGACGAUGUCUGCGGGGGGUUGACGAGUUCAACCAUGCCUCUGACUUGGAUUUAACUGAUCCAUUUCUUAAGAGGGGUUCCAGGGGGUCUUCCUGUCGGUUUGUGUAGGCCUCCAUCUUUAUUUCCUGUGUUUAAUGACUGUAUCGUGGCAUUGCUUCUGUUGGCUUAUGUUGAUGUAAAAUGUGGAUGUGCCACAAUUUGAACAAGAAACUGAUCCGUAUGUGUAGGUGUUGAA